AUGAUAGGUACUGCCAUUUGCUAUUUCAGACCUGCAGACAGUGGACUACAUUUGUUGUGGAGGAACCAGAAAGACGGAUUACAUAUGAACAUAGAUAUGUAUUUUUUAGAGUAGACUUGCAUUUUUUACAUAUGGAGAAAACACUUUGUUCUAACUGCUGCUUUUUCGUCUAAGGUGGCAUUUAUAUCCUCUUGUGGACUUUCACCCUGUGACCAUCACCAUGGUAAACCACAAACCAGCCCGCGUUGUGCUCAUGUUUCUUGCAUUUUUUUUGUUUUUAGCUGCAAUGACGCUCAACUCUAUGUCAGGAUUCGGUUCUAAAUCAGGUGUUUUCCAGCACGUCACAGAAGAUGUGACAGUCAAGUAUACAACACCUUUAACUCCUGCACAGUGGGCUCUCUUUGUCUGGGAUUUCACAUAUAUUUGGUUUUUAGCCAUGUUUAUAUACUUUUUAGUGGGACUCUGUAGAAGGACUGCUUAUGACUGGCUGUAUACCAUGCCUGCAGUGCUACCUUAUGGAUUUCAUGUCUCUAUUAUCAUCAGCAUGUGCCUGAACAUUACAUGGUUGUUUUUGUUUGACAGAGAGUUGUUGCUGUCGGUGCUGAUAACCUCAGCACUAAUGGCGCUCAAUGAUUACAUGAUCCUCUUUUUCUCCUGUCAUGGACUCAAGAUCUAUGGAGCCUGGUUGGAUAAACAUCACAACAUAGACCUUUGGCUUAUCAGAAUAUUGUCUUCUUUCAUUGUAUUGAAUCAGGUGCAAAAUGGAAUGGCAGUGUAUGCAACAUGGGGGACCCUCUUCACUCUACUGAACCUGACGAUAUACUUACAGUAUCAGACAGGAACAUCUAGAUGUGACUGCGCGAUGCUGUCAAUGCUGCUGCUUCUGAUGAAGCUGUUAGUCUGGUUUCUGUUAGAGAACUUCUAUUUUGACAAGCAUGUGCGUUAUAUUGUGACCAUAUACCCUGUGGUGAUCCUGUGGUUGACAGGCACCCUGAGCAACUCUGGCUCUCCUGAGAGUCACAUUUACAUCUUUGCAGCUGUUGUCCUGGCUAUCUCCUGCAUCAUGUUUGUGGCACGCAUUGCCCUGGUCACAUGGAAGCACUACAAACAACCACUUUACAAAGACAGUGGACCCAGUAUGUCACCAAUAGAAAUUGCCUUGACACAAAGGAAGCUCUUUCUGUGAAUUAGUGUGUGAUGUUGUAUUUUCAGUAUUUUUCUGGAUGGCAAUGUCAGUUGAUUUUAAAUUUACAAUGGUUAUACUACAAUAAAUACUACAAAUAAUGUGUAAAUACUAAUAACAUGCAUUUCUCCUCACAUUAAAAUUCAGUGCACAUUUUUUUUUAAAAGAAAUGA